UGCGGGCAUCAUAACAUCGAAACAUAAUUUAUUUACUUAAUUUAGACUUUUGAAUGCUAUUUUGCAAUUGAAUAAUUAUAAAAGUGUAAUGGGGAAACGAAAACGUAAGGAUUCACCGGAAUAUAUUAAGAAGAAGAUUCGGAAACUAGAAAAACGGCUACGACGUUAUGAUAGUUCAGAUAGCAGUGACAAAACAAAUAGUACUCAUAGCACGAGAUCCGUACCCGAUCUGGGAAAUGUAGCACAACCUAGAUCUCCAUACAAUGGCGAAACAGGUCCAAUAUUCAAUGUAUCCGAUUCAACUACAUCUAGCCCUCGAGCUAUUAGAUCCACUGUAAAUUUGGUGGAAUAUGAUAAUGCAGCACCUUCUACGAUGGGAGAAGACGUGGCGCCAUCCACAUCUGCUGCUGACCCAACAUCGGAUCCACAAAUUACAACUAUUAUAACAACAGAUAUACUUGAUAUACUAGGAGAAUCUAAGAAAAAACCAGAAGUGUUUGGACCUGGGAUUCAGGAAGAGAUCUCUAAACGUUGGGGUCGUAUAUUGUGUGAGGGCCUGGAUAAAGAUCAGAAGAAAGGGCUUAUGGAAAAAAUCCUUGUACCGGAAAAUUUUCAGUUAGUUAAAGCACCUAAGCUAAAUCUUGAAAUAGCAGUCGUGCUAAUUGAGUCUACAAAAAACCGUGAUAAACGACUCGAAAAAGCUCAAAACCAUUUAGGUCUAGGAAUUGCCUCCUUGACUAACUUAAUAGCCUUCUUAAUCGAGAAAGAUAUGGAUAAACUUGAGAUUAUUAAGGGUUUAUCCGAAGCAAAUCAAAUCCUUCUGGAUCUGCACUUUGAAAAUACGCUAAAUCGACGUAAACUAAUCACUUACUCACUAGAUAAAAAAUUUCUUGAUAUUGUACAGGAUGUACAAAGAGAUUCCAUGCUAUUCGGAGAAAAUCUUACCGAAAAGAUAAAAGCUUCUAAAUCAGCUGAGAAGUCAGGUCUUCAAAUCAAGAAAACUAACGAAGCUUCGACUUCUAGUAACAUUAAAUAUCAAGAGGGAAACCGAAAAGCCCUACCGCGUCAGACUCAACGCGGAGUCAAACGGGGUGGAGCCAGAAAUCGACCAAUAUUAUUUUAGAUUUCGUUUUGAUUCUAUUUCCCAAUGAAGAUUUAC